UCUCUGUCUCUUUCUCCAUCCAGGCCCCAUUCAGCCAGAGGAACCUGUGUUAAAAUCCUGUUCCAUGGACAAGCCAUCCACUGAAACUAACCACAGAGACCCAGAACUACAACGGAGCCCAGCAGUGAUGUUUCACGACCCUCCACCUCCCUCACCCCAGCUACACCAGUCCCCAGCCCAGUUAACCCCGUCCCCAGCCCAGUUAACCCAGUCCCCAGCCCAGUUAACCAGGUCCUACUCCCAGUCCAGCCAGUUAACCCAGUCCCCAGCCCAGUUAACUAGGUCCUACUCCCAGUCCAGCCAGUUAACCCAGGCCCCAGCCCAGCUAACCCAGUCCCCAGCCCAGUUAACCCAGUCCCCAGCCCAGUUAACCAGGUCCUACUCCCAGUCUAGCCAGUUAACCCAGUCCCCAUCCCAGUUAACCAGGUUCUACUCCCAGUCCAGCCAGUGCUCCCAGUCUUCAGUCUUUCCUAAGUCCCAGACACUGACAGAGGCCCACAACAUCAAUGCUGCUGUCCUCAGUUCUGGGGUGCUCUGUCUGCCUGGAACAAGAGAUAGGGGGGGUCGAGCCCUGGUGACCGUGACCACGAGGAACACCGGCUGGUUGAACCCCAGCUGUGACUGUGGAGAACUGGUCAGAAUCCUGGUCUACUACUACACAAUGCUCAGGAAGGAGGUGCGUUCCCUAGGGUUGACAGUCGUGGUAGACUCCCGGCGGUGCUCCCCUGUCCCCGCUCUGUUCAGCGCCUUCAACAUACUUCAGGAUGCUUUGCCCGGCUGUAUCUACACUGUCCUGCUACUGGCUGAUAGAGACCUGGUUCUACGCCUGGAGAAACCCUCAGCCGUACAGGUGGAGUUGUUGACCUCUCUGAAGUCUCUCUAUAAGCAUGUGGAGGUGUCUCAGCUGCCUACUGAGUUUGAUGGAUCCUUCCCCUUUUCACACAGCGCCUGGGUCUGCUUCAGAACGAGACUGGAACAGCUAACCAGUCACUGUGAGGACGCUGUCAACCUUCUGCAGAGUACCAUCACAGGUCUGGAGUCUACUGUCCUGCCAGCUACCGCUGAGGAGGCCCAGGUGUUACUUGCCAGGUACAGGGGUGUGAUGUGCACCGUCCUGGAGGACAGCCGAUUGGCUAGAUUACAGCUGGAGGGCGGAGCCAUCCUGUCCCGCCUCCGUAAAGAGGAAACCAGUGUCAGCCUCAGAGACGACUACAGAGAUGCCGUAGAGGUUGUGGCUGGUCUGUACGAUCAGGUGGAUGAGCUGGUUCACAAGCUGGUGAUGCUGUCCAACCAACGCACUCAGGAACUGGACUUUAUCAUGGAGUUCAAGAGUCUGGAGCAGGGAUUCAAGGAGGUGAGUGACUGGAUUGAGGAGGUUGGAGAGAGCCGUCUGAGAACGCUCGGAGAGCUGGAGGAUUCUCUGGAGCAGCUGCAUAGGAAACAGACCCUCUUCAGAGACUUCUACACUGCUGCCUACGAACACUGUAAGGGAGGUGAGGCGCUGCUGAAACGUCUAGAACACUGGGAAGACUUGUCGUCAGCCGAGCUGCAGGUGUACGAGGUCAAAGUUCGAUCCUUCUGGGUCCACCUGCACGACUUCUCCCAGAGGGUAGAAGACACCAAGACCAACAUCGACAAGACCGUACGUCUCUACGAGUUCUUCGACAAGGCGUAUGAGUGGGCGUUGGAGGGGAUGCGUCACCUGGCCAGCAUCAGCAUGGAGGACUGCAUGGUGCCCGACAAGAGCCAGGGGGUGAUCAGCUGUCUGGAGGGGUACCGCCGGCAGCACCCCCCAAUCCCCGACCCCCGCUUCCAGGAGAUGAAGGAGCUGGCUGGGGAGAUGAAGAGCGAGCAGGGCCUCAAACAGUGGAAGUUCGCCUGGUCCAAGUGCCAGGAGACCAAGCAGAUGUUUGAGAAGAAGCUGGAGGCCGCUCUGAGGACGAGGCGAGCCCUGCCCACGGGAGAGUCCCCCGGGUCGGGUACAGCGGGUGCAGGGAAGGACGGCGGGAUAGGGGACGCCAUCCCCAGACGUUACUCUGACGUUAACAACGACGUGGGACAGGAGAGGAGCCGCAGCGUGUCACACGCCUGUAGAAAGGCCUUUAGUGGGGUGUGGGGGGUCAGAGAGAGGCUGUCCUCCACCUCCAGCUCUGCCUCAGCUCAGUCGGCCUGCAGCCUAAGACAGGAGACACCCCUAACCUCCUCUCCCUACGGUCUGGUGCACAGGCUCCCCCUCACCCCCCUCUCCACCCAGCUCCUCACCCGUAGCACCUCCUCCGAGGAGUCGUCCCACGGGGUUCGUAUUGAAGCGCAGGGCCGUAGCUCCUCCUGCUCCUUCUCCCCCUCCCUGACCCCCCUGGAGCCGAGCUCCGCCCCUAACCCUGCUCGCCGACCCCCGCUCCGCAAGACCCAGAGCUUCGACUGCCAGAGCCCCGCCCCCGCCUCCCCUGACUCCUCCCGCUAUGGGACCUGUCAGCGUACGCUGAGCGAGCCGGCGCGGCGCGGCAACACUGGGGUGUUUAUUAAAGGCCUGGAGGUCAGUAGUAGGGAGGUGGCUGAGCGACCCUACUCCCCCAGAAUGACGCCUCCUGGCUGGGCAGCAGGAGAGGCACUGAGGACUCCCUCCAUCAGCACUACCAGUAGUCCUGUACCAGAGAACCGCGCCAAGGGCAGUAAGCUGCGUCACAUCGUGGAUGAGAUGGUGACCACGGAGAGGGAGUACGUGCGUUCCCUCCGUUACAUCAUCGAGCACUACUUCCCCGAGAUGGAGAGAGGAGACCUCCCGCAGGACCUCAGGGGAAAACGCAGCGUCAUCUUUGGGAACCUGGAGAAGCUUAUGGACUUCCACAGCCAGUACUUCCUCAAGGAGUUGGAGAGCUGCUGCAACCACCCUCUGAGGGUGUCACACUGCUUCCUACGACACCAAGACGCGUUCGGCCUGUACGCUCUGUACAGUAAGAACAAGCCUCGGUCUGAUACGCUGUUGGCCAGCCACGGAAACAGCUUCUUCAGGAACAAGCAGCUGAAGCUGGGAGAUAAGAUGGACCUGGCCUCCUACCUGUUAAAGCCCAUCCAGAGGAUGGCUAAAUACGCUCUCCUCCUCAAAGACCUGAUCAAGGAGGUGAGCGAGGCGCAGGAGACAGAGCUGGGCUACCUCCGAGCCGCCGCGGAGAUGGUCAAGUUCCAGCUGCGUCACGGCAACGACCUGCUCGCCAUGGACGCCAUUCGAGACUGUGAUGUGAACCUGAAGGAGCAGGGUCAGCUGGUCAGACAGGAUGAGUUCUGGAUCUGGUAUGGCAGGAAGAAGUGUCAGCGCCAUGUCUUCCUGUUUCAAGACCUGGUGCUGUUCAGUAAACCCAAACGCAUCGAAGGAGGACUGGACGUUUACAUCUACAAACACUCCUUUAAGACGGCAGACGUGGGGAUGACAGAGACAUCUGGGGACAACAGUCUUCGUUUCGAGGUGUGGUUCAGACGCAGGAGCAGUAAGAACCAGACGUAUGUCCUGCAGGCCUCCAACGCAGACAUCAAACACGCCUGGACCUCCAACAUCGCACGUAUCCUCUGGCAGCAGGCUACCCGGAAUAAAGAGAUCCGUAAUCAGGAGAUGGUUUCCAUGGGAGUGGGUAACAAGCCGUUCCUGGACAUUAAACCCAGUGAUGCUGCCAUCAACGACAGGGCUAUAGACUACAUCAUGAAGGGACGAGGUGCCAGAACUCGAGCCUCCAUUGCCGUGUCCCUGUUCGACCACUCCAACCCUUUCAAGCGUACAGCGUCGAGUAACGGGGGGUCUGGCGGUGGGGCCCCUGCUGCGUCUGGCUCCUGCACUCUCCUGGGGCCCCUCAACCUGCACAUGUACAGCAGCCACAGCCAGGCCCUGCUGCCCGGGGGAGAGAGGCCCUUCAUCAACCCGUGUAUGGAGGAAGACGAGUUGGAGCACGAGACCAGCAGCCAGCCAUCCAUGAGUACAUACUCUACAGAGAGCUCAGGUUCAUCGUCCCACUGUCUGUCCGGAAGCGGCUCCAGUGGUUCAGACAGUGGCUGUGUGUCCAGCCACCUCCCUGAGGCCAGUUUAUCUGAGGAUCCCUCGUUCCCCUGCCGUCCCCCGUCCGACGCCGUGACCUCCCCCAGCCUCCCCAAAGACAAGCCGCGCUACAACAGCCAGUACAUUUCAGCCAAAGUAGCUCAGAUCAUAGGCCCUUCCACUAUAGUGUGAUUCCUGACUGGGACCCUGCUUGGAGUCUGAUAUCCAGAAAGACACUAUUACCACGCCAAGGAAGACAGACGCGCUGCCAGCAGCAUCUCACAUGGACACUGUAAAGACCUGGGACUUGUUAAAUAAACAGAAAAGUCACUUUUGAGCAUAGCUUUUAUAAGUUAAUUUAAAUAUUGUAAUUUUUCUUCCCAAAAGUACUGGUGGGUGCAGUCGUUUUUUUCCCUUGUACUCUAUUGGGUUAUUCUGUAAAUAAUGAUUUUAAUAGUUUCCUGUGAAUUUAUGAAUGGUUGGUUUCUUUAUCGUCUUGUUGACCACUUUUACUGCAACUUCUAAAUUUACCUGUUGAUUGAUGUUAUACCCUGGGAUGAAAGGCUAGUUCUGGUUCACCUGUUGAUUGAUGUUAUACCCUGGGAGAAAGGCUAGUUCUGAUAUACCCUGGGAUGAAAGGCUAGUUCUGGUUCACCUGUUGAUUGAUGUUAUACCCUGGGAUGAAAGACUAGUUCUGGUUCACCUGUUGAUUGAUGUUAUACCCUGGGAUGAAAGGCUAGUUCUGGUUCACCUGUUGAUUGAUGUUAUACCCUGGGAUGAAAGACUAGUUCUGAUAUACCCUGGGAUGAAAGGCUCGAUCUGUUAUACCCUGGGAUGAAAUGUUAGUUCUGGUUCACCUGUUGAUUGAUGAUAUACCCUGGGAUGAAAGGCUAGUUCUGGUUCACCUGUUGAUUGAUGAUAUACCCUGGGAUGAAAUGCUAGUUCUGGUUCAUCUGUUGAUUGAUGAUAUACCCUGGGAUGAAAGGCUAGUUCUGUUAUACCCUGGGAUGAAAGGCUAGUUCUGGUUCACCUGUUGAUUGAUGUUAUACCCUGGGAUGAAAGACUAGUUCUGAUAUACCCUGUGAUGAAAGGCUCGUUCUGUUAUACCCUGGGAUGAAAUGUUAGUUCUGGUUCACCUGUUGAUUGAUGAUAUACCCUGGGAUGAAAGGCUAGUUUUGGUUCACCUGUUGAUUGAUGAUAUACCCUGGGAUGAAAUACUAGUUCUGGUUCAUCUGUUGAUUGAUGAUAUACCCUGGGAUGAAAGGCUAGUUCUGUUAUACCCUGGGAUGAAAGGCUAGUUCUGGUAUACCCUGGGAUGAAAGGCUAGUUCUGUUAUACCCUGGGAUGAAAGGCUAGUUCUGGUAUACCCUGGGAUGAAAGGCUAGUUCUGGUAUACCCUGGGAUGAAAGGCUAGUUCUGAUUCACCUAUUGAUUGAUGUUAUACCCUGGGAUGAAAGGCUAGUUCUGAUUCACCUAUUGAUUGAUGUUAUACCCUGGGAUGAAAGGCUAGUUCUGGUAUACCCUGGGAUGAAAGGCUAGUUCUGGUAUACCCUGGGAUGAAAGGUUAGUUCUGGUAUACCCUGGGAUGAAAGGCUAGUUCUGGUAUACCCUGGGAUGAAAGGCUAGUUCUGUUAUACCCUGGGAUGAAAUGUUAGUUCUGGUUCACCUGUUGAUUGAUGAUAUACCCUGGGAUGAAAGGCUAGUUCUGGUAUACCCUGGGAUGAAAGGCUAGUUCUGGUAUACCCUGGGCUGAAAGGCUAGUUCUGGUAUACCCUGGGAUGAAAGGAUAGUUCUGGUAUACCCUGGGAUGAAAGGAUAGUUCUGGUAUACCCUGGGAUGAAAGGAUAGUUCUGGUAUACCCUGGGAUGAAAGGAUAGUUCUGGUAUACCCUGGGAUGAAAGGAUAGUUCUGGUUCACCUGUUGAUUGAUGUUAUACCCUGGGAUGAAAGGCUAGUUCUGAAUCAGUCAGGAUACUCUUCAAAAAAGGUCCAAAGCAACAUGUUCAUUUUUCGGCAUUCUGGUACGACUCUUUUUUACAAUGUCUUCACAUAACGUCAGAUUCCUCCAUCUUGUUUUACUGUGGUGGUGUUGUAGUUUUGUUCUGUGUCUCGGUCUGUUGCCACUUCCUGUAGCCGUUCAGGUCUGACUGAGGGUGUAUCCCAAAUAGCAACCUAUUCAUUAUGUAGGGGAUUACUGUUGACCAGAGACCUACGGCCAAAAGCUCUGGUCGAAACUAGUGCACUUAUAUAUAGGGAAUAAGGUGCUAUUUGUGACGUGAGCCUGACUCCAGGUCAGUUCCCUGACAGGUCAGAGCCAGUGGGUCUGAGAGGCUGAGGUCCUGUCCUCCUGAUCGUAGUAGAUCUGUCCUUCCAGCUGAGUGACUCGGGGCUGUAGAAUGGAGAGAGGAGAACGGUACACACCGAGAGAAGAAGAGAGAGGCUGAGGUCCUCCCAGCUGAGUGACUCGGGGCUGUAGAAUGGAGAGAGGAGAACGGUGCACACCGAGAGAAGAAGAGAGAGAGAGGCUGAGGUCCUCCCAGCUGAGUGACUCGGGGCUGUAGAAUGGAGAGAGGAGAACGGUACACACCGAGAGAAGAAGAGAGAGGCUACUUUCACCUACAGAGUUUCAAAUAAAUAAAUAAAAAAUAAAAAAAUGUUUCUUGUUCAUAUACAUUUUAUUUUUAUUUUUUAAAGACGGCAUUAAGAAGAAAGGAAAUCCGCUAAAUGUACAUUGUCUGUCUGUAAAUAUAUUUGCACCAGUGGUGCUCCCUGGUUCUAGUAUUGUGUAGGAGAAAGCAGAGGAAGACUGUGAUAACGUUGUACAUGUAUCAACCAGUAGAAAGCAGCAGGGAAUCAACAUUCAACAACAAAAUGACUUUCCACUCGUUGAAUCUGGAGCAUGAAUGUCUUCAUCCCCUGUCUUCAUCCCCUGUCUUCAUCCCCUGUCUUCAUCCCCUGUCUUCAUCCCCUGUCUUCAUCCUCUGUCAUCUCUCUUCAUCCCAACAUGUUCUAACUUUUAAUAAACAUGUGUUGGCUUUUGUAUCCA